CGCCUAUGAUUGGCUAUUUUAUCGUUUGACAGCUCAUUCGACUGACUUCAACGGGAAAAAUACUGAAUUGUUAUUGGGACAUUUACACUGUCCUCUCAGAAAAAAGUUCAACUAGGAAUUUGUAAUCAAAUGUCUACUUUUUUUCAUCAAGCGGGGACGGCAAUGGAGUGCCUCAGUAUUCCCAUCACCCUACAUAAGGAAACUGUCUUGGACCAUGAAGGGAGAGAAGUGCAUAGGUGUGGCUUCAAAAUAGGAGGAGGGAUUGACCAGGAUUUCAGAAAGAGCCCUCAGAGCUAUUCGGAUAAUGGAAUCUAUGUAACUGAAGUGCAAGAAAAUAGUCCAGCUGCAAAAGCUGGCCUCCGGGUGAACGACAAAAUAUUGCAGUGUAACGGUUACGAUUUGACCAUGUGCACCCACAAAAAGGCUGUCGACUACAUCAAGAAAUAUCCUGUCUUGAACAUGCUAGUUGCGCGUAAAGGCGUAACACAUUCUUGAAUGCCGGAUCGUUCGGAAAACGUGGACCAUAAUCAGCUUUACAUAGAUAUUUAUAUAUUAUUCGUGGGGAAA